UGAAAAUGGGGGAACCAUAUACGAGCUUUCGACCCUCGCAUUUCCCACUCUCUUUCCCCAAGUCUCAAACAAAAGCUAACUUCCAAUCUUUGGUUGUGAAUUGUUUCUUCAAUUUCUUUCACGAAGCAACCACCCAAUCGUCAUCACUCAAAGCCUCUCUCUUUCUGUGAUCCUUUUAAUGGUUUAGGUUUGCCCUUUUCUCCUUUUCUCCUUUUCUCUCUCUCUUGUUGAACACACUCUUGUGCUUGGUAGGUUGUGCCGUUGAGGUGAAUGGGCCCUAAACUCCACUGAAGAUUAAUGGUUAUGGGGGUCUCCAUCUAUUCCUUCAGUGCUCUGUUUGCCGCCUAGUCUUGUGCUGUCUCGCAUUUGGUGGUUUUGCGUUUUCUUUCUUUUCAUCUUUUAUUGAAAAGAUGAGAUCUUUGGGUUUUUGAUUCUUCUCUAUGGAGGUCUUGGCGUGUGAUUUUCUGAGGCCUUUCAAACUGGGUUUUUGAUUCUCGAGUGGUUUUGAUGAUAAUGAGGUGAACAAUGGCGGGCUUGCGUUGUUUCCGAUUGGGGUUAACUCCGGUUCAGGGGUUCUGUGUCUCUACUGGUUUCGGCUUGUGAUUCUUAAGCUGAUUUUGGUCAACUAUGAGUUCUACUCAGAUGGGCUUUUGACCACUGGAGGUGGAUUAAGGACAUCUUGAGGUUACUUCGUUUAGAGGAUUAAUCAAAGAUUAUUUGCAGUGAAGUUCAAGAUUUGGGUCAUAAUGAUUGAGAGAUUGGUAUUUGAUAUUUGAGGUGGAGUUCUUGUGGCAAAAUCUGGUCUUGACAAGUCCCUAGGGGAAGAAAAGAUGGACAGAAGGAUACAGCCUCCGCUGGUUGAUACAACAGCAUGUUUAUGUAGAGUAGAUGCUGGCCUUAAAACUGUUUCUGGAGCAAAAAAGUAUGUCCCAGGGGCAAAGCUCUGUCUUCAGCCUGACAUUAAACCCUCCAUUCAUCCAACUAGGAGUAAGCCUUUACGUGGUGACGGUAGCCGGAUUCAGUCCCCUCUACUUCCUGGACUUCCAGAUGAUCUUGCCAUUGCUUGCCUAAUCAGGGUCCCAAGAGUUGAGCAUCGUAAGCUCCGCCUGGUUUGCAAAAGAUGGUACCGUCUUUUGGUUGGUAACUUCUUUUAUUCCCUCCGUAAGAGCCUUGGCAUUGCAGAAGAAUGGAUAUAUUUAAUUAAGAGAGAUCGAGAUGGGAAAAUCUCCUGGCAUGCCUUUGACCCCGUAUACCAGCUAUGGCAACCCCUUCCUCCUGUCCCUAAGGAAUAUUCUGAAGCCCUUGGGUUUGGUUGUGCUGUACUCAGUGGCUGUCACCUCUAUUUGUUUGGGGGAAAAGACCCGCUAAAAGGGUCAAUGAGACGAGUCAUUUUCUAUAGUGCCAGGACCAAUAAAUGGCACCGUGCCCCAGAUAUGCUUCGGCGGCGGCAUUUUUUUGGCUCAUGUGUUAUUAAUAACUGCUUGUAUGUUGCCGGUGGGGAGAAUGAGGGGAUGCAUCGGUCCUUGAGAUCUGCUGAAGUCUAUGAUCCCAACAAGAACAGAUGGUCCUUCAUUUCAGAUAUGAGCACUGCAAUGGUGCCCUUCAUUGGGGUUGUUUAUGAAGGCAAAUGGUUCUUGAAGGGGUUAGGGUCUCAUCGGCAAGUUUUGAGUGAGGUCUACCAACCAGAAAAUGACAGCUGGUACUCUGUGUAUGACGGAAUGGUUGCAGGCUGGAGGAACCCAAGUGCUGCUUUAAAUGGGCAUCUCUAUGCUUUGGACUGCAAAGAUGGCUGCAAACUUAGAGUUUAUGAUGAAGCGACUGAUUCUUGGGGCAAGCAUAUCGACAGCAAGAUGCAUUUGGGUAAUUCUAGGGCUUUGGAGGCAGCUUCCCUUGUUCCCCUGAAUGGUAAACUUUGCAUCAUCCGGAAUAAUAUGAGCAUUUCACUGGUUGAUGUUUCGAAAUCCAGUGAUGUUGGUGGAGCAAGUGCUGAACAUCUGUGGGAAACUAUAGCAGGCAGAGGGCAGUUCAGGACCUUGGUCACAAAUCUGUGGUCAAGCCUCGCUGGCAGGAACCGCCUGAAAAGUCACAUAGUUCACUGCCAGGUUCUUCAAGCCUAGAAACUGUAAAUUGUAUCAAAUUCGAAAAGUUCACUCUUUUGGUUUGUAUGUUUUUUCGGGAAAUUUCAGGAUUCAAUGGACCACAUAUGUAAUGUUUCGCCAUGUUGGAUGACAGGGUUCUCUUCUCGUGUACCGUGAAAUGCAGUGGACGCAAAAAGUACAUUGGUAUAGAUUCUCUUCUCGUGUA